CCAGCUUCCUGCCCUCCCGGCGGUGCUCCCGCGGCCCAGCUCUGCACGUGUCGCCGUCCGGGUCUCCGCGCUCCCCCGGACCUGCGUCUGCAGCCAUGGCUCCCGGCCAGCUCGCCCUCUUUAGUGUCUCUGACAAAACUGGCCUUGUGGAAUUUGCCAGAAACUUAACGUCUCUGGGUUUGAACCUGGUCGCUUCCGGAGGAACAGCUAAAGCACUCAGGGAUGCCGGCCUGGCCGUCAGAGAUGUCUCUGAGCUAACAGGAUUUCCUGAGAUGUUAGGGGGUCGUGUGAAAACCUUGCAUCCUGCAGUCCAUGCUGGAAUCCUGGCUCGUAAUAUCCCAGAAGAUAAUGCUGACAUGGCCAGACUUGAUUUCAAUCUCAUAAGAGUUGUUGCAUGUAAUCUGUAUCCCUUUGUGAAGACAGUGGCCUCUCCAGAUGUGACUGUUGAGAAAGCUGUGGAGCAAAUUGACAUUGGUGGAGUAACCUUACUGAGAGCUGCAGCCAAAAACCAUGCUCGGGUGACGGUGGUGUGUGAACCAGAAGACUAUGUGACAGUGUCCACAGAGAUGCAGAGCUCUGACAGCCGGGACACCUCCUUGGAGACCAGACGCCAGUUGGCCUUAAAGGCUUUCACUCACACAGCACAGUAUGAUGAAGCCAUUUCAGAUUUCUUCAGAAAACAGUACAGUAAAGGAAUCUCUCAGAUGCCCUUGAGAUAUGGCAUGAACCCUCAUCAGACUCCUGCCCAGCUGUACACGCUGAAGCCACGGCUUCCCAUCACAGUACUUAAUGGCGCCCCUGGGUUCAUAAACCUGUGCGACGCUUUGAAUGCCUGGCAGCUGGUGCAGGAACUCAGAGAAGCUUUAGACCUCCCAGCCGCAACCUCGUUCAAACAUGUCAGCCCAGCAGGUGCUGCCGUAGGAGUUCCACUCAGUGAAGAGGAGGCCAGAGUCUGCAUGGUCUAUGACCUCUAUAGCACCCUUACACCUGUCUCGACUGCAUACGCCAGAGCCAGAGGGGCUGAUAGAAUGUCUUCAUUUGGUGAUUUUAUUGCAUUAUCUGAUGUUUGUGACGUCCCAACUGCAAAAAUUAUCUCCAGAGAAGUGUCUGAUGGUAUCAUUGCCCCAGGAUAUGAAGAAGAAGCUUUGAAAAUACUUUCCAAAAAGAAAAAUGGAAACUACUGUGUUCUGCAGAUGGACCAGUCUUAUAAACCAGAUGAAAAUGAAGUUCGAACUCUCUUUGGUCUUCAUUUAAGCCAGAAGAGAAAUAACGGUAUCAUCAACAAGUCAUUAUUUAGCAAUGUGGUUACCAGGAACAAACAGCUGUCCGAAUCUGCCCUCAGAGACCUCAUUGUCGCCACCAUUGCUGUCAAGUACACUCAGUCCAACUCCGUGUGCUAUGCCAAGAACGGGCAGGUUAUUGGCAUCGGAGCAGGCCAGCAAUCUCGGAUACACUGCACACGCCUUGCAGGAGAUAAAGCAAACUAUUGGUGGCUCAGACACCAUCCACAGGUGCUUUCAAUGAAGUUUAAGCCUGGAGUGAAGAGAGCAGAAAUCUCCAAUGCCAUUGAUCAGUACGUGACUGGCACCAUUGGUGAGGAUGAGGAUUUGGUGAAGUGGAAAGCUCUUUUUGAGGAUGUCCCUGAGCUGCUCACUGAGGCAGAGAAGAAGGAGUGGGUUGACAGAUUAAGUGAGGUUGCCCUCAGCUCCGACGCAUUCUUUCCCUUCAGGGAUAAUGUGGACAGAGCUAAAAGGAGUGGUGUGGCCUACAUUGCAGCUCCUUCUGGUUCCGCUGCUGACAAGGUUGUGAUCGAGGCAUGCGACGAGUUGGGUAUAGUCUUGGCUCAUACAGAUCUCCGUCUCUUCCACCACUGAUGUUACCACUUGUAAAUUUCUUGUGGUUGCUUGUACGUAGAUGAACAAUCGUGUGAAAUUUUAAAAACAUCUUUUUUAAAAAUAAAACAUGACAUUAAUAAUUGGAUCCAUGGCUUUAGGCAGUUGCAUUUUACUGGUUGUGAAGGUAUAAUAUGCUCUUAGCCUCUCUGAAACAUGCCAGGUUUGCUUGUGAGAAACCAUGCAUGCCUCUCCCUCAUGGAGCUCCACUGCCCCCACCACACUCCUGUGUGAAACCCAGAAACCUACAUUUACACUGGAAAAGCUGGUCAGCCAGAAAAAAUGUAUUGUACAAGCGUUAGGCUCCACAAGCGUUAGUUUCCUCAUAAGCUUUCCUCUCAGGCAGGCUUUUCAAAGUAUUUCUAAGAAGCUUGGUUGUCUGCUAACAACAGCAGAUUAUCCUCUGGGAGCUGAAACCUUGGUGGAUUAGCAAGUCCUGUUGACCCCUCCAUGGAUAAUGCUAAUGCCUACUUCACUGUUAGUGAAAUGUUCAGCCAGAGAUCGCCUCUGUGGAGCUGCAUAAAUAAACAUAAUCAGGACUUGGGGUUUAGUUCCUUGAUAAAGCUUGUGCUUACCACCAUGAGGCCCUGUGUUCUUUCCCUACCACUAAAAAUCCCUCAGAACCAAAAGAAAGUCUUCUGUGUGGAUACAGUGUCCACCCCAAAGCCCUUUCGAUGAAUUCAACGCAGUGCCUCCGGAAGGUGCAGCAGAACAUCCCUGUCCCCUUUGUAUGUGGUCCCAACAGCGCACCUGGAUCUUACCUCUAGUCAGCUUGAGCCUUUGCCACUGUUCACCUCAUAGAUGAGUCCUGUCUUCUGUGUCUUCAGUACAGUCCUGAAUAAAAACUUGAAUUUUAAGUUCA